UACAGCGCAUAGAUCUAGCCACUUGAGAGUUUCGCAAAGUGCGAGUCUCUUUGUUUCUCUCUCUUUUUUUUUGGGUAACGUUAAGGAGGGUGGAUGCUGAGGUUAUAACUUAAUCAAGCUGUCACCCGCAAGUGUUGCCCGAGCAUGGGGCUAGUGAAUCAUUAAAAUCCGCGAGACCGUAUCCGCAAUAGCCGAUUCCUACUUUUCGAGACCGAAAUCUUUCUCGCGGAAAGUUAUUGAGUGUCAUCAAAAACCUCGAUAUGUUAUCGGAAAUGGUGCUAGAUCGAACGGCGAGGCUUAUUAAACUAUCAUGCGUGGCAAUCAAAAUGGAGUUUUAAUCCUCAUUAUAAAUCGGCAUUAUUCCUGCAAUUGAUUAAAAAUUCGCGCCUGGACCAACAAAUGCCAAUCAUGGAUAAAUUAAUAACAAUAAUCCGUGCGAAACUAUCGCGAGACAAUUUAGUGCGACUUAGACUAAAUUGUGCAGAAAAUGACGAAAUGUUUACAGGAAUGCUCAAAAGACUUAAGUUAGAAAUUGAGGAGGACGAGACUCAUCCUAGAAAAAAAUAUCCACAUUAAUUACAUAUAUGUGGACGACACUAUAUGUAUAAAGAAAUAUAUUUAAUAUAUACAUGUAUAAGAUCUUCGAAGAGUACAGUUAAGAACAACAAAGAUAGAAUAAAACUAAAGAAUAAAUCAAAAGAUAGAAAGGAAUUAAACAAUAUAUAUGUAUUAAAAGUAUAUGUACAUAUAUGUAUAUUUGAGUCACUUUUGGCAGAAGUGACAUACAGAAUGGUGCUAUGCAACAUAUUAUUUUCGCUAACAAAAACUUGUAGCAUCACAAUUGUGCAUUCGCUAUUGUACUAUAAAUAAACCGGAACUUGGACCACCGAUACAAAUCAAGAACGAAAAUCACAAUCACGCAUCUUGAAAUAAAAAAUAAUUUUCUCGAGAGAUUUUGAAGAAUACUGAAAUAUUUUUUCUAUUUUCAUUAUAACGCAACAAAAUAUCCAUCAAAAGCAUCUAUAAUUAAUUCAAGAAAUUUCAAAGAAUCUCGAAAUACUUGUUGCAUUAUCUAAUAAUACCGAAUAUCAGUCACCACAAUUACGUAAUUAAAUCAAAAUACGGAACAAGUUGGCGUACAUAUAAAUGAGUAUCACGAUGAUGCUUUUCUAAGGAGGGAUAAUCGAUCUCUCUCUAUUCGUGAUGAUGAAAAAGAAGAGUAAUUCAUCUGACUACGCCCUCUUUACCAUCGAUGGACUCUCGAACACCACGAGGUCCAAAAUGAGCGAGGGAUUGUCGAAGAGAAAUCGUUCUCCGUAACGUAAAUGGUGAACCGACCAACGACGCAUCCCCCGUCACCAUGUUGAACGUAAUGGCGGCGAUGUCGACGGGCCUACCUCAAGAAGAACCCACGUCUUCGUCAGUCCUCAUCAACAACACCAUUAUCGUCUCCAGCACGACAGCGACCACAACAACAGCCGUAAAUCUAACGUCGUCCGCGGAAAACCCGACGGUGGAAAAUCUCCCCGAGAAUGUGAACUUGCUGUUAAUGGUGAUCAAGGGUAUCAUUAUGGGUACCAUCAUAGUCACGGCGGUUCUGGGUAACAUGCUGGUGAUCGCCAGCGUGCGCAGGCAUCGCAGAUUACGAGUAGUCACCAACUGUUACGUCGUCAGUUUGGCAGCGGCCGAUCUCCUGGUGGCGAUGUGCGCCAUGACCUUCAACGCCUCGGUGGAGCUCUCGGGAGGAAAAUGGCUCUUCGGGACGGUCAUGUGCGAUCUGUGGAACUCGCUGGAUGUGUACUUUAGCACCGCUAGCAUCCUCCAUCUUUGUUGUAUCAGUGUGGACAGGUAUUACGCCAUAGUGAGUCCGCUUGAGUACACGGUGAUAAUGAAGCAAAGUACUGUGGGAUGUAUGCUGGGUAGCGCUUGGGCCCUGCCGGCGCUGAUAAGCUUCAUUCCAAUUUUCAUGGGGUGGUAUACAACAAAAGAACACCUGGAGUACAUGGUGAAGCACCCGCAGAGCUGCGAGUUUCGAGUGAAUUUACCGUACGCGCUUAUCAGUUCUUGCGUGUCCUUUUGGAUCCCAGGCCUAGUGAUGAUUAUCAUGUACUGCAAGAUAUACAAAGAGGCGAUUCGGCAACGAAAAGCGCUCAGCCGGACGUCCAGCAAUAUUGUUCUCAAUAGCGUGCACCAUCAUCGCUCAUCCCGGCACCAUCAUCAUCAACAGAUGUUGUUGCAGGCCGCUGCCGAUACCGGUGAGCUAGCUCUUCACACAGCACACUUCGCGGUGCCCACGGAGCUCCACGCCGUUAACGGUACUUCGAUACGACAGCAAACGAAAAGUUGGCGGGCCGAACACAAAGCUGCAAGAACACUUGGUAUAAUUAUGGGGGCGUUUCUUCUCUGUUGGUUGCCGUUCUUCAUCUGGUAUCUGACGACGUCAUUAUGCGGCGAGGCCUGUUAUUGCCCGGAUACGGUGGUAUCGGUACUUUUCUGGAUAGGUUACUUCAACAGCGCCCUGAAUCCACUCAUCUAUGCGUAUUUCAACCGCGACUUCCGUGACGCCUUCAAGGAUACCUUAAAGAGCGCCUUGCCCUGCUGCGCUGGCUGCUGGAAGACACCCUCGCAAUUCGUGUAGUUCGACACUGCUCCGAAAAAAAACCGCCCUCGAAAGGCGAGUUCAAAAUCCCUUUUUUUCUCGAUAGAUCCCCAACCAAAAUGAAACCGAGUCGCCUCGUUCCAGCGGUUUUUCGACGUCAAUCGACGCUACUCGCAAUUAACCCUUAUUGCCCGGAUAUAUUGACUUCGCACGUCGCUUAUUCGCGACUUGGUGCGUAGCGCACGAUGUUAAUACGUCGAUUGUCGAUCAUCAUGUAAUACGCACUUUUGUAGAUUACAUUCUUUCUCAUCAACCUGUGUAAUAAUCAACGUGUGUUUCAUUUCAAUAUAAAUAUGUUACAUAAAAAUGGUAUCGCUUAAAUGAUAUUUUAAAUAAUUAUUUAAAUAAAAAGGAAUAAAAUGUACACAACGAAUUUUAUGAACGAACAGGAUUAGACAUGUUCACCCUAGACAAAAUGUCUUAAGGCAGUUUUUUAAUAUACUUUUGUGAAAAUUUACGAUUUCGAAUGAUUUUCAAUUUUACGACUUACUUGUCCUUAUAAUUAAAUAUAACAAUAUUAAGAAAUAAAAAUGUCAGUAAUAUAUGUUACUUUUGGAUUAAAACAUACAUUUAAAUGGAAUGAAAAUUUGCGCUAAGUCUACUAAAGGGUUAAUCGCGAACUGGCGAUUUCUAAAGUAUGAGUUCCUAUCAAAUACUACCGCAGUCAUCUCGUUCGAGAGUGACGAUCGGCGGCGCGUAAUUGCCUUCCACAUAAUCACACCCCGAAAUACAUCCGGUAAUGUGUAAUCCUCGCUAAUCAUAUCGCCUCGGGAGGCGCGCGACAAAUGCUUUCGAGAGAUUCGAGAUCAAAAUUAAUGCUUUCCAAGAGCGAAGCCAUUAAAACGGGUAUUAUCGAAUAUAAUUGACGCUAUUACUGGACGAUUAUCAUUGAUAUGCUUCGAUCCGCCUGACGAUUGCGGGGCUGAAACCCGGAAUCUCCUUUCGGCGUCGACGACGAAAGGAAUCCACUGAAUAUAAAAUCAAAUAAUUUCAAGAAAUUCGAGGAUAUUUACAACAGCGGUUAUUAAUUUGCGAGUAUUCGCAGAAAAUUAAUGAAUGGGAAAAGGGACGGGCUACAUGCAAGUUUUCAGAUAUUAUACGCGGUAUAAUAAUUUUCUCCAUUCGAAAUGAAACUAUUAAAGUUCAUAUGAAAGUAAGAUAAGUGCAAGAACCACUAACAAUCAGCGUUCGCGCAAAGGGAUCGACGCCGAAAGUUACACAGAAUGCGGAUGUAUAUGUGGUAAGGCACACGAGGGGAUGGAGGAGGAGUUAAUCAGUGUUUAUUCUGUACAUACGUCGAGACGGUCGGCUAGCGCUAAUUAGAUGUAAUUAUUAGCGCACCGGUAUGCAAGGCUGUACCAUAUAGGUAUAUAACACGAGAUACUUAUUAACGUGGCGAGACCGUGUGUAACAUUAUCAUAAUCACGAAACAAUAACGUCGCGGUGGAUCAGCGCGCGGGAUAAGGAGACACCCAUCGCGUGCGCUAUUUUGCCUGUAUAAAAUGUACUAUAAUAGCAAUAACCAGAGGCGGAUUGUAAAUAUAUAAUAACGGAUGCGUGAGUGGCUCGUUGUUUUUGUAAGUA